UAAAAUUUUAUUAAUUGCCCAGCCCUACUUUAUUGACAUCUAAACAAUUAAUUAAGCAGAAUCUUGGUGGAAUUGCCCUUUAACUUACAUGCCUGUUUGCUGUGUUCGAGUUAUGCGGUGAUGGAUCAAGGACAGUAAAAUUGGAAGACGGCUUAAACCAAGUGGACAUUGAGGUGACAGCAGAGGACGGCACGUUGAAGAAAUACAGCAUCGAGCUGACCAAGCUUUCGGCCAGUGGGGCCAGUUUGAGUGCCCUGAUUAUAAAGAGACAGCAGCUCCACCCUGCAUUUUCUCCAGACACUUAUGAGUACUCAUGCCAGGUGAAUUUUGACUGUCAUGUGGUCACUGUGGAAGCCCAAGUGCCUGACCACAACAUGCAGGUCACAGUGAAGGAGGCCUGCAGCUCCGGGUUUGUGAGGUUAAACGUCGGAGACACGCUGGUCACUGUCAAAGUCUCAUCACCAGAUGGCACCAAUUCCCAAGUGUACACAAUCAUGAUUACUCGGGAACAGAUUCCUUUAGCCGUCACCUUCUGCGAGAUGAAAGACCAGAUGGAGUUUGAGUGUCCCGUGUCUUUAAGUGCACUUUAUAGACCUGUGUCAAUAAAUCAGAGUGACCCAAAGGCCAUCUUCUCAGCCCCAUAUAUUGACAUGCUGACACGGAGGUCAAAGGUGCAUCCAUUUACUGACAGACCUUUGGGAGACUCAUGGAAAGUUCCAGAGGGUCAGCUCGACAAGAGAAUGUCCAGCACAUCCGUCAAAUGUUUCUUUGCACAUCGUGGUUGUAAAAGCGUGCUGAAACUUGCAGAGAUUGGAGCACACGCAAAAGACUGUCCCAACAGGCCGCCAGUCAACCUGGAUACAAAGGAGGUCACUGAAACAAACUGGUACAAAAAACAUUUCACAUCCUCAAGAAACCUGGAAAUUGAGACAAAGCACUCUCUUCAGGUUCGAAACUGGGAGAAAAGGCUUCAGACUGCAGUGGGACGAGGGCAAUAUAGACGACUUGUGCAGUCAUGCUGAGAGCCAGAUAAAGCUGUACAAAGAACGGCUUCCCAAACCAGGUGAUGUGUUGCAGUAUGAGGCAGGACAAUCACCUCUGGAUUGUUUGGAACAGGCAGCCAUCCACUAUGCUACUGCCAUCAAAUUC